CAUGCUUCUGCAAGCUUCCACGAAGGUUGUGAAAAAAAGUUUUAAUACAGAGUUGGAUUACAGCUCUCUAGCUCAAAACACUGGCCAUUACGCUACCAUCUGAAGAGGCUGCUGUAGCACAGAGCGCAGAACAGAGCAGACUGCUUAAAUCUUCUGGACCACAGAUGGAUUUUGAAUACCUCUUUGUGCCCUGAUGGAAGAUACAGUAACUUCAUUAACUGGAACCCGUACCUGAUCACUUGUGAGAGUGUAGCUGCGUGCAUACAGAUACCAAUCUAUUUAAAGUCUUAUCAUGAUUUUCUUUCGAAUGUAUCUAAAAUCUACUCUAAGAAAUUACAGUCUCUAGGUGAAUUGUUCAAAAUAAUUGCUUAGAAGAGUGAAGAGCAAGAUAUUUACUCUCGCAUGUUGGAAUCCUUUGCGAAUUUAUAACAGAAAUUUGGAAGCUUUUCUUGUCUGUUGUGGUGAAAUGCAUUUCAAAAGAGACGCCUCCAGCUGUAUGACAACAACUGCGUAGUAACCUGCGGAAUUAAACAUCAGAAUGUACAAACCGUGGGUGACUGUGAAUAUUUUCAUGAUUUCAUUUCUGCAUUUGCUGCAAGGAUCUGACUAUGAGAAUGGAUCUGUAAAGAGGACAUCUCUGUCAGCACUGGAGCGAUCAGAGCAGCAGAUCAGGAGGGCAUCCAGCCUGGAAGAGCUCCUUCGAAUAACUCAUGCUGAGGACUGGAAGCUGUGGAAAUGCAGGCUAAAACUCAAAAGCCUGGCCAAUUUAGACUCCCGCUCUGCAUCACAUCGCUCCACCAGAUUUGCUGCUGCUUUCUAUGAUAUCGAUACACUGAAAGUCAUAGAUGAAGAAUGGCAGAAGACUCAGUGUGUGCCAAGGGAAACCUGUGUGGAAGUUGCCAAAGAGCUGGGUACGACAACCAACAAGUUCUUCAAGCCACCCUGUGUGAAUGUGUUCAGAUGUGGAGGCUGUUGCAAUGAGGAGAGUCUGAGUUGCAUGAACACAAGUACAACUUAUGUGUCAAAAACGCUCUUUGAGAUCUCGGUUCCUUUGACAAGUGUUCCAGAGCCUGUGCCAAUCAAAAUUGCCAAUCACACCGGUUGUAAGUGUUUGUCAAACACCCAGCGUCACCAGUACACCAUCAUACGAAGAUCUGUCCAGUACCCAGAAGAAGAUGGUUGUCCCUUUACGAACAAACUCUGCCAUAAUGGAUGGGUCUGGGAUAGUGACAAAUGUGAAUGUGUUGCAGACAUACAGCACUCAAACAGACGGGAAGGGCUCCCUCCUCUUGCUGAGCUGGCUAUGUGUGGACAAUACAUGGAAUUUGAUGAAGAAAAUUGUGAAUGCAUCUGCAGGCAGAAGUGUCCCACAGACUUCUUUCAAAGUAAAGAGAACUGCAGCUGCUAUCUGUGUAGAGAGAACCAGGAAAGCUGUGCUCAGAAACACAAGAUAUUUCAUGCAGAAACCUGUAGCUGUGAGGACAAAUGUCCAUCCCAACCCAGAACAUGCCCAACUGCAAAGCCAACAUGUCCCAGGCAUUGUCGAUGUCCAAAGGAGAAGAGAAAUUCUCAUGGGUCUCAAAGCAAAGAAAAUCCUUGACUCAGCUUCUCCAGUUCUCCAGAAAUCCACUGCUUUGCAAAGUAGCUGUCAAUGACUUUCAAACAGUAGUAAAAACGAACAUCUUCCACAUUAACAGCAGAAGAAUGAAUCCAGUCUGCAUUUAUUUAUUAGAGUAAUCACUAACUGUAGGUCAAUCCUCUGGGGCAUUGAUAACUGUCCUCUAAGAGGUAAAAACAACUGAUGAAAUUCUGUCUAUGUGGAAGUAAGAGCAGAAAGAGUCACUUCAAUGUCAUGCUACGGAAGAUGAAGCUGGUGUAUUGGUAACAGUCACAGUCAACAGCCAGACUUUCAGAAAUUGAGACUAGAUAAUCUUAGCCUCUGAAUCCUUAGCUAAUGCAACUGUAGGGUAAAACUUUCUUCAGAAAUUCAGUGUGCAGGAUUUGGUUUCUAAUAGGGUCAGCACUGAGUUAUUUGAUCUACUGUCCAGCUUUAAUUAUCAUUUUGAAUUUAUUGUACAACUACUGUCAGA